AUGGCGGCGGACGCGGGCGGCAAUGCGAGAGGCGAGUGUAGGACGGUGGGCCGUGGGGUGGGCCGGACCGCGGUCUCAGAGUCCCACUAUGCCCCGUCGCUGUCCGCCGCAACGGCCGGCAAAGCCCCCACGGCCACGGUAAACGCUGGCACGACUCUUGGGGAGCAGGAGUUCGGGAAGGCCCUGCCUGCUGGGGCAGAGCGGCCGACCUUCCCGCUGCGGACGCUCGGCUCCGGGACGGCUGGAGCUGGAGGCACCAUGGCGCUCCCUGCACGGGCCGUGGCCCCCGGCUCCUGCUCACCCAUGGCCGCGUUAUCCCCACACCCGCAGUGCCAGUUACGAGGCCCAUCUCCUGCACGGGACAAGGCGUUCAGCGGGGAGGCCGGAGCAGGCAGCCGCCCUCCCUGCGGCACUCUGGCUGCAUGUCCGGUGUGCACAGGCUGGGUGCGCUAUGCGGAGCGCAUGCUGGGCCACCCCAUCACCUCCCAUCUCUGUGCCGCCAGAGACCCCCUGCAUAUGGGCUCCUUGGUGAGAGACUUAUUUGCACGGAAGCAGGACCUGCCUCCAGAGAAGAUUUUCCAUGGUGUCGUGGCCCCUUGCUGUCACAGGAAACUGCAGGCCCUUGGCCGAAGUUCUCUGCACGGCUCCCGGGCCGCUGACUGCGUGCCGACCCCGGGCGGGGACUACACUGGCCCCGCGCAGUGGUGGCCGUCUGAGGCCAUGCUGCUCCAGGGUCUUUGGGUUUGCUAUUUCACAGGGAAGCAGAGGACAGUGUUUACCCAUGUCCUGACUCCCCGUGUCUUCUCCAGACAAGUCAGGCCUCAAAGGGCAUCGCAGCCAUCCAAGGCGGGGGUGACGCCACACUCCUUCCGGGAGCCAAGAGUGCUGGGCGGGGGCGGCUGCUCUGCAGCCCCCGGCACCCCACCACGUUUCCCGAAGGCGAAGUCGCGGAGACCGGUGCAGAGCGCUGUGCCUGUGGAGGGUGCUGCCGUCCACACUGUCAGUGGGCGCCCGGUGCUGAGGUGUCCUGGAGUCUGCUCUCUGCCCCUGCCUGAGCAGAGCCCUCGUUCGCCCUCUGCCCGGGGAGGUUCAGGGACCUGCAGGAAGAGGUGCCGCUAUCGCCAUGAGGGAGCUGGCUCGGACGGGCACCUGGCCCACGUCUUCCGGCACACCGCCACGGAGCUGUUCCAUGAGGACAUCCAGGACCUGGCCUUCCGGGCCUGGAGGACGGACCCCCGUUCACCUUCCGGGAACAAACACUUCCAGGAGGUCACCCUGGAGAGGAGCAGGGAGGUCCUGCUGCGCUUCGCCGCAGCAUAUGGCUUCCGGAACAUUCAGAACGUCACUCUGAAGCUCAGGAAGGGCACGUCCCCAUACCACUUUGUGGAAGUCCUCGUGUGUCCGGGAGGGUCCUUGAACGGCAGAGGCCAAGCCCAGCCAAAGGACGGCCAUGCCGACCAGACCUUGCUGCGGCAGAUGGAGGGCAUCUACUCCGCCAUCCCCAUGCGGCCGCCCGAGAGUAGCACGCAUGUGCAAGAGCUGUACCAGGAGUGGCUGCAGGGGGCCGACACCCCCAGGGCCCAGGCGGGGCGGCGUGCCCCGUCCCAGGGCCUGGAGCGCCGCGCACACCCUCUGGACAUCAAGUGGUGAAAGCCGGCCAAGCUGGGCUGAAGCGUGCAAGGCUGAGGGCGAGCACCGGGCGUUCCGGGCUCUCUGCCCCCUGGCUGGAGCCCCUGGUGCAGGUCCACAUGGUGCUGCUUCCGUCACGGGGUGCGGGGAGGUCUUGGCCAAUACCAGCACGGCCCCUCCGAGCACCUGUCACCCUCACAUGAUGAAAGCCCCUGGAGAAAGAGAGCAGAGACAGACUGCUGCCUCCCAUCCAAAAAAGUCCAAAAAGUGCCUUGUGAAGCACCGAGACCCCCAAGGCUCUGGGUCCUGUGAGAAGGGGGGCGCUCCCAGCCUCCCGCCUGGUAGCCCUCCACCUUGCAAGUGCUCGCCUGGCCAUGAAUACACCACCAGCCCUCCCGUCGGGAGACGUGUGUGACCUGGCCAGCACUCUGGGGGGUGGGGAGCAGAGGGGG